CGCCGGCGUCACACGCACCGCCACUUCCGGCAUGCGCAGGGACGCACCUUCCGGCUCAGGUCCUCCGUGGCUGCCGUAGUCGGCUGGCCGGGCGGCUAGGAGUUCCCGGAAGUGCCCGGGCAGCCGGUUUCCGGUGCAGGUGGGGAAAAUGGCGGUGGCUACAGUGUUCUCGACUUCGUCGCGGAUGCUUGCUCUGUCAAGGCACAGCCUAUUGUCUCCUUUGCUCAGUGUGACAUCAUUGAGACGCUUCUACAGAGGUGACAGCCCAACAGAUUCCCAAAAGGACAUGAUUGAAAUCCCUUUGCCUCCAUGGCAGGAGAGAACUGAUGAAUCCAUAGAAACCAAAAGAGCCCGCCUGCUCUAUGAGAGCAGAAAGAGGGGAAUGUUGGAAAACUGCAUUCUUCUUAGUCUUUUUGCUAAAGAACAUCUGCAGCACAUGACAGAAAAGCAGCUGAACCUCUAUGACCGCCUGAUUAACGAGCCUAGUAAUGACUGGGAUAUUUACUACUGGGCCACAGAAGCUAAACCAGCCCCAGAAAUAUUUGAAAAUGAAGUCAUGGCCCUGCUGAGAGACUUUGCUAAAAACAAAAACAAAGAGCAGAGACUGCGUGCCCCAGAUCUGGAGUACCUCUUUGAAAAGCCACGUUGAGCUGUGCUCCACGGCCUGGCAUGGGGGUUCAGUCUGUGGAUGGUAACUACUUAUGAUGGACGUUAGCCUUGCUUCCGGCUUCUUAGAUGCCCAGCUGCCCUACCCCAGACCACUGGUCCUGCCUCAAGUGAUGGACAUAACCCUCUCCCAGGACAUACAUGUAAAUGCACAGUGUGACUCAUUCUCAUACUUUUUUGUUCAGCUCUGAGCCUCAAAAGUGAUUUGGCAGCAACGCUGGCAUGCAGGCUUUGCCUGGCUGCUAUCUCUAGAGGCAAGUCUGCCACGAGAGGGCACUGCAGGCGAAGCAGUUGUGCUUGCUCAUUGCCUCAGCCCAAGUGUACUCAAAGAAAAGAGGCAGCCAGCUGUGCAUGCUGUAAGGAAAGCCUCCCGCCCUCCCUGCAGCUCCCCGCCCUCAGUGGCCCAGGGCUUUGUUGAAGUGGAACUCCCCACUUCCAACCUGGUAUGGCUUCUUCUGCGAAGGGAAGCUGAUCCCAGCCUCCUGAGCUGAAUCCUUCAAAGGCACAGCAGGCAGAAUGAGGGCCACAGGCAGCAGUGGUGUGGGCACACUGCUUAGGAGUCAACAUCUUCAUCAUUGGGCUUUCUUUAAAACGUGCACUUUGUAAGUUGAGAGAGAAUUAUUAAAGCAUACUGAAAAAAGGAAAUUUACAAUUUCCCAGCCCUCACAAUUAAUUUUAAUUUUGUCUAUUUUCAUAUAACCCAUAGUCAUAUGUUUAUAGAGUUUUACAAGUUCACAAUUACAGGUUUUAUUUUCAUGUAGCCCUAUAGAAAACUUUCCCCCUCAUUCCUACAGUCUUCACAAUUAGUUGACUAAAUAAUAAUACAUAAGAAAUAAUAUAUUAGAAUGAAUUAGUUAGAAGUGUUUUUAAAAGCUCUAGGGCUGUGUGACUUCUGUGUUGCUAGUGGUGCCCUCCCUGGAGGGGUUUUGCCCUCGGAGCUGUCAUCCAGGCAGUAGAAUCAGUCACCCAAACUGGACCAGGUGCAUCUAAAGGUGUUGACCAGAAGAAGGUCGGCCAGAUUUGAUGAGCAGGUGGUUGGUGAUUAUAGGAGCCGCACACGGGGACUACACACGCACAUGUUUCCAGCAUUGUUGAGCUCCAGGGUUCCUACAGAGCUACCUCAUGGUUCCUGCCUGCUCUUCAGUAUCCCUGGUGGCUCAGGAGGGAAGGGAAGAGAUCUAGCCUUUACGUAAUCACAGUUGAGCCUCACAGCACUCUAGACUAGUGGUGUUACCUGUAUUUUAUACAUAAGAAAGUGGGCUCAGAGAGAGGAAGUAAUUUGUCCAAGGUCAGGUAGCUAUUGAGUCGAAAAAGCAGAAUUUAGUAUAGCUCAGUCUGCCUCCAAAGCUCUUGAACUUUCUACUAGAACACACUGCCUUACUGCUGGAAAUUUAAUAGAAGUCUCUGUUUGGAAAAGCUGUGGCAAAUAAACGUGACAGUUCUGA